CUUCACUCUGUUUUGGCCCUGUCCUGGUGCUGUGGUGGCUUUCAGACAUAGUCCUCCUUUUGUUGCUGUCUGACUAUUUACCCCGUGUUUGAGGUGUAUGAAUUGCGCCUGGGCUCCAGUCUGAAGACACACAGGCGGCAGCAGGCAGACUGGCUGAGCGCGGACGGAGUGGAUCCGGGAUGCGAGCAGAUGCCGCUGGACGAUGAGAGAAAGUGGAGUCAGACGCACUGAGCCGCAGCGAUAAGACAGCGCGCUGCAAAAUGAAGACACCUAUGCGCCAUGGGAUAUCCGUGCUCCUCGUGCUCCUCCUGUGCGCAAGCUUGUUCCUCGUGUACAACGGCAGCUUCAACGGCGCUUCCAGGGACGCUAACGACACGCACGUCCGACAGCAUGAACAGCUGCGGCGGCCCACUGAAGCCCCAGUCAAGGUGGCCAAGCCUCACCCCCCGGUCCUCCAGGGGUACAGUGGCAUCAUCGACCAUAAGCCUCCCAGGAUGCACUGCCAGACCUGCGCCCUGGUGACCAGCUCGGGUCACCUCAUCGGAGGCGGUCGGGGUGAAGAGAUCGACCGGGCCGAGUGCGUCAUCCGCAUGAACGACGCCCCCACCGCCAGGGGUUACGCCGGAGACGUCGGCCAGCGUACCUCCCUGCGCGUCAUCGCUCACUCCAGCAUGCAGAGGGUCCUGCGGAAUCGCCACGAGCUGCUUAACGCCAGUCAGGACACGGUGUUCAUCUUCUGGGGCCCCAGCAGCUAUAUGAGGCGUGACGGGAAGGGCCUUGUUUACAAUAACCUGAGGCUGAUGAACCAGGUGCUACCCAAACUCAAAGUCUACAUCAUCUCCUGGCAGAAGAUGCUGCAGUUCGACGAGCUCUUCAAGAAGGAGACCGGCAAGGACAGAAGAGUAUCAAACUCCUGGCUUAGCACCGGCUGGUUCACGAUGACCAUCGCCCUGGAGCUGUGCGAUAGGAUCAAUGUCUACGGCAUGGUUGCCCCUGACUUCUGCAGGGAGCCUCAGCACCACUCCGUCCCUUACCACUACUACGAGCCACGUGGUCCGGAUGAAUGCGCCAUGUACCUUUCUCAUGAGCGUGGGCGGCGGGGCAGCCACCACCGCUUCAUCACGGAGAAACGGGUCUUCGCCAACUGGGCACGGACUUUUGACAUCCACUUCUACCAGCCGGACUGGAGUCCCCCGCCUCUCCCAGCUAACCGGACGCUAGAGGGGACGGUCAUAGCGACGCCCCUGGUACCCCAGAAGACGUGACCUGCGUUGGAGGGUGAAGAAGAUACUUUAGAGAUUCAUCUAAGAAAGACUGAGGAUUUGGGAAUAGUUGUAUAGAGGGCUACUGGACCCUUAACAGAGGGGAUACAAAAAAAAUGAAGUAGGCAAGAAAUAUAGCUACCACAGAAGACUGAGUCUUGUUCAUCCUGCUGGACAUUUGUUGCGUCUCCAGCAGUGUGUUCCGUUCACUGCGGUGAGCCAGUUCAAAGUUGUACAACCUUGUUAAGUUUAUACAAGGACGCAACAUCAUAACACUCCACUCUCAAUGCAUGCAUGCAGUGUCUUACUGUGGAUCGUGUGUGUGUGUGUGUGUGUGUGUGUGUGUGUGUGUGUACCUGAGGGAUCGCAGAGGGUACAAACUUGAGUUUGGGCUCUCCACAAAGCCUCUGUUGGAUGAAGGAUCGAUGCAGGAUUCACUGCUUACAGUUCACUGAUAGAACAAUACCAAUACAAUGCCUGUAAUCUUAACAAUGUAGUGCUGGAGACAGUGUAAACUGAAUACUAAUAAUAGUGUAGUUGAAUUUGGCUAUUUGAAAUGUGAAUCGUCAAUGGUGAGAUUCAUAUUCAUCGGCUGUUUUCAAGGAUUGAGAUCAAGUUGGAUGAGAUUCUUUGAGUCCUGUGUCGUGCAACAAAGGCUCACACUCCUAAAAAGCAGGAAUAAAUCUGUCCUAACACAUUUUACCACCUUUCAGGUGUGUGCAUUGUAAAGUAAAUUCACAAGUGUCACACAAGUUAAACCUUUCCAAUGCAGCACCUCUUGACUGAGUGACACGUGUAACAUUGAUUGGAUGGUACGUGUGUCUCAUAAGGCUCUGUCGGCUCCUGUCGCCACUUAAUUGCGCGAUUUAUUUAGCUACAAGCCGGAUUUCCAUGUAAAUGCACAGCCUUGUCACACAAGACAAGUGGGAGAUUAAAAUCGAGAGCAGGGAUGCAGCAGCCCCAUCCAUCCCACUAUACAGUAUUUAUCUGCUGCCUAGCAGGAGAAUUACACCGUUUUUUUGUUAAACUGACGUGUAUGUGAUCUGUCAGUCUACACUCUCGCUCUCCUUACUGUGUUUUAUGUGCGCACUCCUCUCAUUUGAUGGAGUAUAUACUGCUUGUAGACGGCCCCUUCCUCUCUUUGUGAUCCUCUAAUUCCACCCCCCUCCCCCCCUCUUCUCUCCAUGAAUAAAAAGCAGGUGUCAGUCUGGAGAAAGAGGUGGGGUAAUCUUAAUGAUUGAUCCUGGUGCUAAGUCCCUAUUGAUUUUGCCCUCAUCGCUGUAAUGUGAGUAAUGAGUGGAGGGAUGCUGUGGGUCAGAGACGUGGUGGCUCACACCACUAGAACGUGUUUCAUAUCACGUUUCUUUGGCAGAGAUGAGGAAGCGAUUACUACUCGUAUACAUCACAAACGGCUGUAGGAGUAGUGCCCUGAGAGCCCUGCGGCUGACUUAGUGCUGGAGCUGAGACCAAGACAUGUGUUUUGUUUUCUAGACUCACCUGUGAAUGGCUCUGCACAACAGGCUGUAUUAGCAAAGAAAGCACUUGAAUAUUUUUGUUUUUUGCCUAAUUGACUAAGUCGCAGUAUGUCGUUCUGCAGCUACUGGCUAUUUUCAUUUUAGAUGAAUUGUUUAGUCUGUAAAAUGUAAGAAAAUAGUGCAAAAAAAAAAAAUGGCAAUCACAAGUUCCCAAGGUGAUAUUUUCACAUUGUUUUGUACAAACAAAGAUAUUCAAGAGGCAGUGAUAUAAAACUGACUAGUAAAAUGAGGAAUCAUUUCAGCAUUGCUGUUAAUCUGUUACAUUUCAAUCAUGUGCAAAAAGAAAAGAUAUCAUCCCACUCAAUAAAAUACUUUUUAUCAGUACUCCUGCAUUCAGCAGUUUCUAUGUAACAUGGUAAUGUGAGAAAUAAAAGUCUCCGUGUGUGUAGUAGCCCCCCACCCCCCCACCCAUGAAGAUGAAACAUGGAGGUUUUGUGGAGGAUGUGAGGCCAGUGACUCACCUUCACCCUCCACUGACAGCAGCUGCCAUUUUUACUUUUCAAUCUCGUUCUUCCCGUCUGGUUGUGACAUCGGGUUGUGUCACACUGAAAUAAUGAAAGACAGGCGGCGUGACGAGGCCCUUCCUCCCCAAAGCUACAAUAGAUCCCCGACUGUCUUCAUGACUGAUUGUUUGAAGUGUAUUUGAAGAUGGCACUGCUACAAGAGCGUUAGGUAGAGUAAUUACAGUAGAUCAAGGUAAUAUCAGAUCAUGACGGGAAAACCAAGUAUUCCGCAGAGGGUCAUGAAGACUUUUAUUAGGCAGUUGAGCCAGAUCAAUAAAAUGUACUUGAUAGGCAUUUAGGAGGAUUGCCAGCUCAUUAUAAAGUAGAAUAUCAACUAUGAACAGGGCUGAACAAUAACUGAAUGCAUUUCUUUUUAUCCUGAUUAAUAUACACACAAAUACUACCGGUUAUCACAACACUGGGUCUGGAACUAUUUCAUAUGUUUUAUUUUUAUUAAUUGCUAAAGUUUUGUC